CCCGGGUGUGGAUUCUGGGUUUGUCUUUUCUUGCUGGAGUUUGAGAGAUACAUAGUCUUGCUAUUCAAAGUAUUUUGCCAAUAUGCUACUUCAAUCUCUUAAGCUUGCUGGCCUAGUGGCUAUUGGCUUGCCUGCGUCUAGUCUUGGACGCACGAUCUCAAAGAGAUCUGUUUCCUCAGCUCAGGCGUGGAUGACUUCUAAUGACGGCACCUAUCAGCUUGCAAACUAUACUGCUCCAGUGCAAGGCUCUGGUAGCGGUUCCGGCAUCUCAUCGACUUGGAACCUGAGUGUAGAUGAUUCUUCGUCUGGACACAAGCAGACAAUUGACGGAUUUGGCGGUACCAUCACGCAUUCUACACCUGCCGUCACCGAUGCAACUGUGACUGUCUUCUCCGAGUUGAGUUCUGACCAGCAAACAGCCCUGCUGAACGACCUCUUCACUAGCACCACUGCCUCCGGCGCCUCCUUCAACCUCAUGCGUCACACCAUUGCCUCAUCUGAUCUCUCCUCCAGCGUCUACACAUACGACGACGCCAGCAACGCCGACACCAGCCUCAGCAGCUGGGACCUGACGUCCGCGGGCACCUCUAUGAUAAGCUGGAUCAGCAAAUUUGCCUCGGCGAGUGGUUCCCUGAAACUACUCGGAUCGUGCUGGAGCCCGCCGGGGUGGAUGAAACUGAACGGGGUGACGUCCGGCAGCACUAACAAUAACAAUCUUAACACGGACUACGCGGACGCCUAUGCCGAGUAUUUUGUCAAAUACAUCCAAGCGUUUGCCAACGGCGGUGUCAAUGUUGAUGCCAUCACCAUCCAGAAUGAGCCGCUCAAUAGCCAGUCGGGAUAUCCGACUAUGUAUUUGGACGCGGACAGUGCGACCAGUUUGAUUCAAAAUAAUGUUGGACCGGCAUUGGCGAAGGCCGGUUUGAAGACGGAGAUCUGGGCUUAUGACCACAAUACAGACGUCCCUAGCUACCCUCAGACUGUCCUUAAUGGCGCCGGCUCCUACGUCUCAAAUGUCGCCUGGCACUGCUAUGCUCAGAACAACAACUGGAGUGCCCUCACCGACUUCCACAACACCAAUCCAGACGCCACUCAAUAUAUGACCGAAUGCUGGACCUCGCCGACCAAUUCCUGGUACAGCACCAUCGACUUCACCAUGGGACCGCUCCAAAACUGGGCCGCUGGUGUAAUUGCCUGGACCCUCGGCACCGACACCAACUACAGCCCGCAUCUCUCCGGCGGCUGCUCAACCUGCAGAGGCAUCGUGACGGUCGACACGAGCAGCGGCAGCUACAGCAAGACGGCUGACUACUACUGGCUCGCGCAAUUCUCGCGGUUUCUUCCUCGCGGGUCCAUCGCCCUGAGCACUGGUGGGAGCUAUGACUACGGCAAUGGCGAUAAGGUCGAGGCGCAGGCCUUUGUGCAGCCCGACGGCACUAGGGUGGUUGUCAUCCAGAACGGCUUCAAUAAUGCGGUCGAAGUAACCGUGGCGUUUAGCAGUGGGGAGACGUGGUCGGGGCCGUUGUAUUCGCAGAGUUUGACAACCUGGUUGUUGCCUUAA